CGCCCCUCUGAGGCUCUUAUUUUGAAAGCAGGGACCGGAAGUAGCCUGCAGUGUCUGUUCUCUUUUGAUACUGGUCCUUUUUCAGCACAGCAUGCAGUUUCAAUCCGCGGACAGCCUCUUCAUCACAGCAGCGCAGCUGUGACAGGAGUCCGAAAACAAGAGGGCAUCGUCGGACAAUGGAGACGGUGCAGCCCGCUGUCCCUCACGGAGCUCUGCAGCAUGGACCCGUGCACAUCAUCACCCACACAAUAACUGUUAUUUCAGCAGUAUUUACCUGUGCGCGUGCAUGUGAGCGUUUGGUUUUUUGUUAUUAAUUUGAUGGAUAAUCUGAUGCGUUAAAGUUGGUCUCUGAUUUCGGAUCCGGAUCCAGAUGAUGCUUCAGUUUAUGUUUCCUUGUGCUGGCUCUCGGAUCAGAGACAUGCUGUGCUGCACCGACUUCAUCAGAUGAUCCUCCGCUGUGUUCCCAACAACUCAGGGUGCCGAGCUUUUCCCGAGGUAGGACCUCCUCUGUAGGCCUGUCCCCGUCCACCCAGCAGCCAUGGACCUGCCUGAGUACUCUCUGUUCCUGGUGCGCAUCCUGGACGAGCUGGACACCAAGCACAACACCAUGUCCUACCAGGACCUGUGUAAGUCCCUGUGUGCUCGCUUUGAGCUGGUGCAGCUGGCCAAGCUCCGCAGCCUGCUCUUCUACACAGCCUGCAUGGACCCCUCCUUCCCAGCCACCCUGUUCAAGGACAAGAUGCGCUGCUCCAUGGAGGACCCGCAGUCCAAGAAGCUCAUGGUGGCUGCAGACAUCGUUACCAUGUUCAACUUGAUCCAGAUGAACGGAGGCAUUGCCAAAGACAAGCUCCCCAUCGGGCACAGACCCAAGUUCCACAAGAACCACUCGGUGGAGCUGUGCAGGUCUGAUAACGACACCUACAAGUUUCAGGACUGUGACAGGGGGCUGGGUUAUGAGCACAUGGAUCACCCCAGGGAUGGACACCAUCACCACCACCAUCAUCACCGCCCCCAGCAGCACCCUGCAGCUCAGAGCGCCCCUCCCUGCCCUAAAUCAUCUGACUGCAACAACUGCCUGCAGUUCAUCCCCACCUCGGACCCUAACUUCCUCCUGGGCGUCAGCAAGGACCUGAAGUGUAAAGCAGCGUCUCUGGACAAGCUGCACCAUCUGCCCCAGUACUCCAGCAGCAGCUCACACUCUCCGCCCUGCGAGAUGCAGAGCACCUACUUCCCCAUGGACAUCGACAGCGAGUCCACCACCGACCAGGAGUCCCUGCAGCACAUCGGCCACUCAGAGCCCUUCUCGGUUCACUCCUGCAUCCAGAAGAGGAACGUCUUCAAGGAGGACUUCCACAACUUCGUGGCCUUUUCACCACAGGUGGUCACCGCUGAGAAAAAACAGGGCAGUAAGGCUGCUGACGGCUACCACAGGAGGGAGCUGCACAAGCCUGCUACCUUCUUCAACCACAGCUUCGAACUGCCCUACAGUAACCCUUACUUCGAGCCGCCACUCAACUCCCCUCUACAGGACAGACGCAGGGUGAAGCACGAGAGCCUGGACGACCUCCAGGCGUCCACGUACUUCGGUCCAACCACAGUCUCAGAGUGCGUCAGCAGCAGGAAGCACACUAACAAAACAGGGAAGCAGCCGUCGUGGCCGGUGAAAAGCCUCAGCCUCAACACAGAGGAGGGACCUCCAGACUUUGAGAGGUCGUUUCUGAACACGAAACCUCUCAAAGAAAACCACCAUCGCAAUGUCACCAUCAUCAGCACCGACAACGAGCCGCAUUUCCAGAGCCCAAAGGAAAAGGUUGUAGCUUCUCCAUCAGGCUUUGCAAAGAAAACUAAUGGGAUAAAAAUGAAGGAUGUAGCACUGACGGCGAGCGGGCCUGCAGGUUUGGAGAAAAGAGAAGCAGCCAAAAGGUUCAGGGAGAAAAACAGUCCGUCCUUUCAGGGCGGGGACAGUUCCUCUAGUGUCGGGACUCAGACCGAGCAAGCGGAGCAGAAGAAGGUGAAGGAUUACCCAGCGAAGUACACUGACAGAGAAAGACACACCUUCAAACACUGUGAAGAGGACUCUGAGAUCGUCAGUGAUGACAUCAGUGACAUUUUUCGUUUUCUGGAUGAUAUGAGUGUUUGUGACUCUCUGGGCAUUGUCCAAUCGUCAUGCUACAACAGCAAUGGGUCUCUUUCUCAGGUAACGCUGAAGUCUGAGGGCGACAGCUCCCCUGAACGCAACACAGUCAAACUAGCCAAGUCCAAGCUGGACCGCCUCUUCCACUCACUGGAAAACACAGACGAUGAGUUAAAAUCGAGUGUGUGCAAGCUGGUCCUGAGGAUCGGCGAGAUCGAGAAAAAGCUGGAGUCUCUGUCGGGGGUUCGCAGCGAGAUCUCACAGGUGCUCUCCAAACUCAACAAGCUGGAUGAGAAGAUCCAGGAGCCCGAGGCCAACGGGAGACACGGGGAGACGGUGUCUGCAUCAGGGUCCAAUGCCACCCCUGACAAACCGCACACCCACCCACACACUGACACCUCCCUGUCGCCUCGUGUUUUCCAGUGCCACACCACCGGACACAAUGCCAAAAUGGACAACGGCGCCUCGGAAUGGUGCUGCUCAGACGGGAGUAACAGCGACAGCCUCAGGGUUAAAGCUCUGAGGAAGAGCAUGUUCACCCGGAGGUCGUCACGCUCGCUCAACGAGGAGAUCGGCGUCACUGAGCCAAAAGUCGCCAGCAUCAGCAACUCUAUGCGGGACUGGAGGACGGUCUCCUACUCCUGCCACCCCGGAGACGAAGGCAAGGACAAGGACAGGGACAGCAAGGACAGACACCGGAAAGCCAAAGAGGCAGAGCGAGAGCGUCAAUAUGAGCUCCCCCAAGCCCACCACCCCCCGAAACCACCGAAGGAGUCCUACCUGAGCGAACAGGUCUUCUCUCCGCACCCCUUCACCCCUUCCAUUAAGGCCCACGUGAAAGGCAGCCCCCUGUACACCGACCUGAGGCUCACCAGCCUGUCAGAUGGAAAGCGCAGCCAGCCGUCCUGGACCAUCGAGGAGUAUAAACGCAACUCAGGAGAGAAGGGAAAGCAGCUCACCGCUCUGGACCUGCAGACGCAGGAGUCCCUGAACCCCAACAACCUGGAGUACUGGAUGGAGGACGUCUACACACCCGGCUACGGCUCACUGCUCAAGAGGAAAGAGGCGGAGUUCAGGAGGGCGAAGGUGUGUAAGAUCGGAGCACUGAUUGCAGCAGCUACCUGCACUGUGAUCCUGGUCAUCGUUGUUCCAAUUUGCACCAUGAAAACAUGAAGCGGAGCGGCCCGGCCUAACGGAUGAUACACUUUUACUGCUGUUCCUUUUCUGUUGGUGGACUGGGUAAGUGUGCAGCAGACUUACCGACCAAAUGAACGUGUCAGGACUCGAGGAUGUGAGCGGGAGGUUUUUUGUUUGUAAUGCAGUAUUUACUUCUGGUAGUCCUUUUUGCCAGUAUAAAAUGAUUAGGACAACUAUUGUACAAUAGAAAUGAAUUCAGCAAGUGCAUAAUAUCUCCUGUAUAUCUAUUGGUUUAACAGUUGUAGUUUACUCUCUUGUUAUAAACUGAGCGUGACAGUUUGAAGGUCUUUGAUUUUAAUUGUCUGUCUUAAACAACUGCAGCAGAUGAUCUCAAUUGGAUUUGUUAUAGUAGCCAGCGUAUGAUAUUUUUAUUUUUGUAUAAUUACUGUACAGUGUAUUUUGAUCAAAAUUAUUUUUGAUGAAUUAUCUGGUUGAAUGUGAGAAUUUAUCUUUUUUUUAAUUCUUUUUCUUCAUUAACAGCAAGCAUUUUAAGUAAUGACAUUUGAGCAACAUUUUCUAAUUAGAAAUAUAUUGAAGAACUUUAGUGAUAUAAAUAUAUAUAUAUAUACUGUAUAUAGUCUCAUAGGUUGCAGACACAGUAUGACUACACAGCCAAACUGAAUGUAUUGAUGAAGUUAGUCUAUUCACUUGGAAAGGAAUGACUUGAGACGUGACUUGAAUGUUUCUGCCAUAUCUCGUCCUUUUUCUGAAUUCUAUCUGCUGCUCCUCCUGAAACACUGGGUCUGUUCUUUUCUCUGCAAGUGUUUGCUCAGUGAGAACUUGAGGUUCUGCAUUACUGUAGACUAGUGAGGCUCACCUGGGAGGAUUGUCUGGGCUCAGCACUAUUGAAUGUGCCAGCUUCCCACACUAGCACAAACUAAACACAACAACAUCCCCGAUAAAGCAGGUUCGUCCUUCGUUUUACCGCUGCAGUCUCCUUUAAUGCCUUAAAGUGCAAACACUUCUGUAGCCACACCUGUCCCUUGUUCAGCCCAGUCCCCAGAGUUCUUCUUUUCUGCAAACCUUGGAUACGUUACAUGUGGCGGAUAUGUUGAAACUUUAUAUUUCAACAAUGCUUUAGUCAAGGUGUGGUUUGGUUUAGGCACAAAAACCACUUGGUUAUGGUUAGGAAAAGAUCAUGCUUUUGACUGAAAUACCCAGUUUAGGGGGUGCAGUGUCGACUGGAAACACAGUGAUGUCUCUGCAAAAAAAACAGUCACUUUUCAUUCUACAAUCCUUGCAGGAAAAGCAGCAUUGCUCUGCAAAAAAAAGCAACGUCUCUGCAAAAAAUAGCUGCUUUUUGUGCUGCAAUCAUAGCAAAACGGCAGCAAUCUCUCGGCAAAAAAUAACCACGCUUUGUGCCACAAUUCCUGCAUAAAAGGCAGGAAUGUUUCUGUUAAAAACAGCCGCUUUUCGUGCCACAAUCCUGGCAGGAAAAAGCAAUGUCUUGGCAAAAAAUAACCACUUUUUGUGCCACAGUUUCUGCAGACAAUGCAGCAGUGCUCAGCAAAAAAUAUCCAGACAGGAAAAGCAGCAAAGUUUCGGUACAAAAGAUCUGAUUUUUGCCACUAUCUCAACAGUAAAAGCAACAGUGUCUUGGCAAAAAAAAAGCCGCUUGAUGUGUCACAACAGGAUAUGCAGCAAUGUCUGUGCAAAAAAGAACCACUUUUUGUGCCACUAUCCCGGCAGGAAAGACAGCAGUGUCUCUGCGAGAAGCAGCCAUUUGUUAUGUCAGUAUCCCAGCAGGAAAAGCAGCAAUGUCUCUGCACUAUCUCAAUAAAAAACAGCUG